AUGAGCUCACCGUCUCAGCUCGUCGAAUGUCCCAGCUGCCAGCUCAAGCUGCCUCUCUCACAUCUCAAUCCGCAUCUCGACAAAUGUUUGUCGGGGGGAACGAGCUUGAAUGGCAGCAGCCAGCAACACGUCAAGGCGGAGCAAUGGGACGGCAUCUUUUCCAAUCGGCUCGACCCUUCACCCCGCGGCUUGAAGCGGCAUUCGGACGAUCUUUUGCAGCCAGCCAACGCAGCAACCUCUAACACCGAUAGCACGGAUAAGCGUCUCAAGCCGGAACCGACGGUCACCAUCAACAGCAACAGCGCUACUAACGACACACCUGCUAACAGCCACAAUUACCCGCACCAGCCGACUGUCCCUUCAACUUCGCGCAGUCGCAUCGAUGCAGCCAAACCGUUUGCUGAACGGAUGCGACCGCAAACGCUCGAUGACUACGUUGGCCAGAGCGACGUCGUCAACGGUCCACUAAAGAUGCUGCUUCGUCAGGGCAAGAUCCCCUCGAUGAUCCUCUGGGGACCACCAGGAACCGGCAAGACCACCUUGGCGCGUCUGUUGGCCAAGUCAGCCUCAUCUUCGAGGGGCCCUCCGCCGCAUCGCUUCGUCGAAAUCUCAGCGACCAACUCGGGCACAGCCGAUGUCAAAAAGAUCAUGGACGAAGCACUCCAUCGACUCCAACUCACGGGACAGAGGACGCUUCUCUUCAUUGACGAGAUUCAACGCUUCAGCCGUGCUCAGCAAGAUGUGUUUCUGCCCGCUGUCGAGAAGGGUCAGAUCGUGCUCGUCGCUGCUACCACUGAGAAUCCAUCGUUUCGUUUGCAGAGCGCUCUCAUCUCGAGGAUGCGUGUGUUUGUGCUCACCAAGCUCAGCGUCGACGAGUGCUGCCAGGUGCUUCGCAACGCUAUCAAAUGCGUAGAGCACGAGCAGCAGCAGCAGCAGCAGCAGCAGCAAGCAGCUCACGACGAUGGCGACAAUUCGAUUGCAUCCCACAUCGACCAAGACCUGAUCCGCUGGAUAGCCAACAUGGCCGACGGCGAUGCAAGGACGGCUCUGGGUGCACUUGAGCUUGCCCUCUCCACCACCGACCCGUCACUCACAUCAGCCGACAAUCUGGCACGACUCAAAACCGCGCUCAAACGCACCGCGCUCCAGUACGACCGCACGGGCGACAUGCACUACGACACGAUCAGCGCGCUGCACAAAUCGAUCCGUGGCUCGGAUCCGGAUGCGGCGCUCUACUGGCUUGCGCGGAUGGUGUGCUCGGGCGACGAUCCGCUAUUCAUCGCACGACGACUGAUCGUUGCAGCCUCUGAGGAUGUGGAUUCGCUGGCGGCGCUGCAGAUGGCAACGGCGACCUACCAGGCGUGUCAGGUGGUGGGGUUGCCUGAAUGCGGCGAGAAUCUGGCACAGUGUGUAGUGUUCCUGGCGGAAGCAAAGAAGAGCACGCGCUCGUAUCGUGCGUGGAAAAAGGCAAAAGCAUUGGUGGAAGGAGCGUACAAUCAUCCUGUGCCUCUGCACAUUCGAAACGCACCGACCAAGCUCAUGAAGGACAUUGGGUAUGGCAAAGAGUACCGCUACGAGCCGCGGUUUGCGCAUCCAGUGCAUCAAGAAUUUUUCCCGCCUCAAUUGAGGGGGACGCGCUUCCUCUCGCCGCCGCCGCCCGAGCAGGAAGACGCCAACGAGGAGGAACAGGAUGCAGACGGCGCACAAGCGGCGACAAUGAAAGUGCAGCAGCCAGUGGGCCAAGUUGGAGACAGAAACGACUAUCACCACACGAGCAUGCAGAGCGCCAUGACGAGCAAGGCGGGCGUCGGACCGGGCUCGUGCCAGCGCAUCUUUGAUCUGGGUGCGCGCUCGGUGGACUUGGAUCUGCUCGACGAGUGGGAGCAGGAGCGCAAUGGCGGCCACGAGUGGAGUGGGAGGUCCAAGCUGAUGCAACUGCUCGAGACGCUACCAGCGCAGCCAGUGCCGACCGCGUCUGACAGUUCUCGAGUUGUCGUCGAUGAAGGGAUAGAGUGA